AUGAAACAAACACCCACGGCAUGUGUCGCUCAAGACACCUGCAAAGGUAAACCAAUUGAAGAUCCAACACUCAUUAAAAAAUUGCUAGAAUUAUCCGACAGCAAAACGGAGCAUUUACCAGGUCUUUUACCUUUUGUUCCUGGAGUGCCUGUUAUUUUAACACAAAAUAUUGCUAUUGAACUGGACCUUAUUAAUGGAAUGAAUGGAAUCUUUCGACAACUUGUCUAUGAAGAAGAUUCUGUGACAACAGAAGCUCUUUCCGAAACAUUUCCAAACAACACUCAAUACAUUCAUCGGCUUCUAUAUGCAUUACUUGAAAUUGCCAAAUCGAAGAUUGAAUGUAAUCUUGAACAACUUCAAACAAAUUUCGUUCCAAUAUCGUUAACGGAACAAACAUUUCGAAUUGAUAUUGCCGAUGUUCUGUCAAAAGAUAAGAGACAAAAAUCAAAUUGGAAGGCAAUUUUAUCAAUAAAGUGGCGUGCACUACCACUCGUACCUUCUUACUCUAUUACGACACAUAAAAGGCAAGGCCAAACUUUAAAUAAUGUUGUAAUUGAUUUGAAACUACCAAAUGAAAAUGAUGAUAUUACCGUAAUUUAUGUGCCUUUGUCGCGUGUAAAAAGCUUGGCUGAUUUGAUCAUUCUGCGACAUUUUGAUUACAAAGUUUUAUUAAUUAAAACAAGUAAAUCUCAACCCUCGCCGAGAUAG